AAUGUUCUAGCCAAGGCAGAACACACGCCAUCUUUCUGCUUAUUUAAACGCGCUACUAUCUCGUCACAGUCGGCACUCGGCACCCCCUCCAGACACUCGCUGUGCACGGUACCACGUCCGGCGCCCGCAGUUUCAUUCCGACCUGAUCUAUCGGUAGGCCUCGCCGUGCUCCGUGCAUGCACCAUGGCUAGAACCAUGAGAGCACGAGCACCCAAACACUUGGUCCGGCAAUGCACGCCACGCCCUCUCUUCUCGGUCUUCCUCAUCGCGCUCUGCUUCGCCGCUUCGAACCUGCCCUCCGCGAGCUCAGCGGACUCGUGCAGCAACGGCCUCAGCCUCGGCAGCCUCGUCCCCUUCAACACCACCGGCCUCACCUGCUUCCAAGCAUGGCCGUCGCAGGACUUCGUCCUAAGGUUCGGCAAGGCGGCGGCGCCGGGGAGCAACGCGUGGAGCUUCGUGCUGUCGGCGCCGGACAACGGCGGGUACGUCUCCAUCGGCUUCUCGCCCACGGGGCGGAUGGUGGGGAGCAGCGCCGUGGCCGGGUGGGUGACGGCCGCCGGCGCGGGCUCCGCGAGGCAGUACUACCUCGGCGGGACGACCUCCAGGUCGUGCCCGCCGGACCAGGGCAAGCUGACGCUCGCGAGCGCGACCGUCGUGUCCAAGGGGUCCCGGCUCUACCUCGCGUUCCAGCUCGACGGGCAGCCGCUCACCAACGUCGUCUACGCCGUCGGCCCUAGCGCCACCUUGCCCGGGUCGAACGGGCUGCUGCCGCAGCACCAGGACAUGGCGGCCGGCACCAUCAGCCUGUCCGGCGGCACCAGUGGCGGCGGCAGCCCUGCUACCGGCGGCGGUGACGACGACGACGACGAUGGCAGAGAGGGCGGCGAAGGAAAGGGCAAGGGAAACGGUGACGGUGGCGACGAAGAUGGUGACCAGGGGAAGGGCGAGAGGCGCACGUCCCCAGCCUCAGCAUCCAGCAGCUCGGGCGCCAGCGGCGGCGGCGGCGCCUUCCUGAGCGCAGCGCGGCGGCACGGCUUGCUCGCGCUCAUCAGCUGGGGCGUGCUGGUCCCGGCGGGCGUGGCGCUGGCGCGCUUCUUCAAGCGGUUCGACCCGUUCUGGUUCUACGCGCACGUCGUCGCGCAAGGCCUCGGGUUCCUGCUCGGCGCGCUGGCCGUCGUCGCCGGUUUCAGGCUCGACGACGACGAGCGCGCCCCCGUCGCCACCCACAAGGGCAUCGGCGUCGCCGUCGUCGUCUGCGCCUGCCUGCAGGUGAUGGCGGUGCUGGCGAGGCCGGCCAAGGAGACCAAGGCGAGGAGGUACUGGAACUGGUACCACCACAGCGUGGGCAGGGCGGCCGUCGUGCUCGGCGUCGCCAACGUCUUCUACGGCCUCUCGUUGGCCAACGAACGGCAGGAGUGGAGCUACGUGUAUGGCGUUUUCAUCGGGGUCUUCGCGGUGGUUUGUCUUGUGCUCGAGGAAUGGAGACGUAGGCAUUGAUCCGUCCCGCGCGGUACAUGGAGAGAGGAUGGACUUCACGCUGCAGCUACACCUUUUCCUUUCCGUUGCACUUGCACCGUUGCACGCAUGGACGCAUAUGGUUGCCAUACGGUCUGUGAUUAGCAUUCACUUGUAUUAUUUCUUCUCGUGGCAUUAUUUGUUCUGUACGUACGUGUAGUGAGCUGCCUCUGUAUGUGACAGUUGUAUGAUUGAUGUAUAUGGCAUUCGUUUCAUUGGCAUAUAUACAGCCUUUUUUUGUGAAACGCUUGUGUAUAUAUAAACCGUGGUAUAUAGUAAAACAUUCGUUGAUUUUGAGA